AUGGCAGGAAAUGAGUGAGUUUCAUGAGCGCGAGCUUGGCGGGGAGUCUUAGCCAGCGUCGCUCUUCCGGUGUCGUAUGGCGACUGCAGCGGAUGUUGACAUUUUCUUCGGGAGCUUGCUCGCUGCCGCCGAGAGAUGUGAGCUGUCUGUCGUCUUGGCUUCUGGAUUCGCCCUCGUCUUCGCCCAAUUACCACUCGUAAGGGGAGCCGCUUCCCGGCGGUCUCGCGUCGGCGCCGCGUGCGUUCGUGCGAUGAUGGAGGACUUCGACGAGAUCUACGAGGAAGAGGAGGAGGAAGAGGAGGACGAGGACAGGGCCGCGGAGGAGCAGCUCCUCAAGUACGCCCCGGACCCGGUGUUGGUGCGAGGCUCCGGCCACGUCACGGUGUUCGGACUCAGCAACAAAUUUGAAUCAGAAUUUCCGUCAGCCCUUACGGGAAAGGUGGCACCCGAGGAAUUCAAAGCGAGCAUCAACCGUGUGAACGGCUGUCUGAAGAAGACGCUGCCGGUCAACGUGCGCUGGCUGCUGUGCGGCUGCCUGUGCUGCUGUUGCACGCUCGGCUUCAGUUUGUGGCCUGUGAUUUGCCUCAGCAAGCGGACAAGAAGAUCUAUAGAGAAACUUCUAGAGUGGGAGAACAGCAGACUCUACCAUAAGCUGUGUUUGCAUUGGCGACUGAACAAAAGAAAGUGUGAAUCCAACAACAUGAUGGAAUAUGUAAUCCUAAUAGAAUUCCUGCCGAAGAUCCCAAUCUUCAGACCCGACUAGCCGAUCGCAUCUUCACAAUUGUCGCCGUUCGAGAUUUUUGUUUACGGGGCGACGUCGGCCCUCUUUUUUUUCUUUUUGGACGACUUCUCCUCCUCGGGCAGUCGGCGCCGUGGAUUUUAGGACUAGCGCUGGAAACGGGACUCUCUGAACACUCGCGGGUUUCCAGAUUGGAGCGCAGCGUGAAGACGGUGACGGGAGCGCCGUCAGACGCCGGGCCGCCGGCGAGCCACCGCGUCCAGCCCGGUGCUUUUGAAAGCGUCACGUUGGCGUCGCUUCGCUUCGCUGUGCGUCGCCUGAACCCGGAGACGAUCGCACGCUUGUGACUGCGCUUCACACUGUGGGACAACAAAUGCCCUGCCUUGAGUUACCAUGGCAACAUGCAAGGGAGACCACUAGUGAUGGAAGAUAUGACUCUUCCCCCUCCCCCCCCCCUCUAACCAUUUUGGUGAAAGCAACUGUGUGAAAAAACUCUGUGUGACAUCACAAUACAGAUUAUGCAUUCUUUUUUUGAAUGGCAGGCAGGCAGGCUUUUGUUUUGUUCAAAUUCCUCUUUUUGCCAAAGGCAUCUUAUUCCUUUUUUGGUUCUUUUCAUUUGUCAGUGUGUGUGACGACGUGUGAGCGUGGGACCUUCAAAGUCGAACAUUUUUUUGAUUGUUUUUUUUAGUUGUCUAAAACCUCCAAGGAUUUAAAACAUUUAACUGUCAUAUAAGUAUAAAACUACUCACUGUUUUGAUAAUCUGUGAUGGACCAAAAGAGAUGUAACGAGAGUGUUUGCACAGCGAUACUGCCACCUAUUGGUGGUGGUUAUAUCUUUCUGGAAUGAACAAGCGGUGCGUGUCUGGAUGGAAAGCCGGUUGAGCCGUUACUCGAUAUCUUUGACGUCGAGCUUCCGAAUUGGGUGGGGACAGAGCGCAUACUCGUACGUGGACCUUCCUGGAUGGCGAGGAUCGCGAAUAAUUGCUCAAACAGCUUUCCAUAUGUCUUGCAUAAAAAAGCAAAACGCGUGUGGUGUUAAUCCUUCCGACACUAGCUGAAGUCGAAGAAUGAUUAACUUUUUUUGUGGGGGGGGGAGUCGCAUUGAACUCUAAAUCGUACAACCUUUGAACUUCGGAGCUUCCAGUGCUUUUCGUUCGUAGUCGUGUGUGACAUGUAAAGGAACACUAUGGAUGUGAAUGUGAUCCUUCACGGCGCCGAGGGAGCUUUACAGCUGCGAGUGUGGCCCAGAUGUGGAAAUCGGACCGUUUCUUGCACUGGCCAAUGACUAAAAGUCGCUGAACUUGUUUUCAUUUGGAGUUUCCAAUCCAAUUAGCGAAGAUUCCCGCAGCUGUCGUGAGCUGUUUUUCCAUGACCUUUGGAAAUGUCCCCCAUUAAAGGUCAUCACUGUUACCAUUCAAGUGCUUAAUACUUUCUAUACAAUACAAGGGAUGGACAUUUGACUACAUUUUCUUGAUGAUGGAGAAAAAUAACGUUUUUUUUAGCUCUUUUUCUGAAAGUUCCAAACUUGUUUUGAGCCGACCGCAGGUGUUGUCGCCAAGUCGCUCAACUCCCAACCUUUGUGAAUCUUUACGCCGCAAACCCGUCGGGACCGACUCGAGAGCGCCCCCCGCGGCUGCAGUCAGUCAAUGUCGCUCGAGAGGCGAUUCAUCAACAAUUCGUUCCACACGGCGGACAGGCUUCCUAACGAUCAAUUGGUCAAUGAUGCCCAUCCCUCUGUGGAAGUAAGCAGCGUGUGGAUGUGGGUCACACUCAGGGGUUUAUCAUCGAUCAUCAAUAAAAAUGUAGCACAGACAGGGUAUUUUCUAUAGUUGUCCCACAAUACUUGAAUCUUUGUUUGAUACAGUAUUAACCCCAGCCUUCCCCUUCCAGCUCUUCAUUCCACUUUAAUGAAGGAAGUAAACACAUGCAACCGCUUUGCGUUGUUUUGUAUGUAGCGCACGUUCAAGAUUCACAGCCUGGUCACAUUUUGCGUUGCGUUUAGCUGGAAACGAUGCAAGAAAGUGGCACAACGCCAUAAGUCGUCAUGAUUCUUAUUGUUGGAAAAUGUGCUCUUUUUUUUUAACUUUUUUUUUUUUUUAUUUAAUUUUUUUCUAUGCAAAGUGCUGACAUUCCAGAGGAAACGGAAUAUUGUGGCAUCAUUCUAAAAGAUCCUGGUAUAUUCUACCACAAUCUACAGACAGGGCUGUUGAUCAAACUUCUGCGGCGGGCCACAUUGCGAUUUAUGACUUCCCUCAGACGGCCGUUCUGACGGAGACCAGCCGGCUCGUAUUAUUGCAUAUACAGUACACAAUAGAUGGAUAACUGACCGUGAAAACUUGGUUCAACUAUUUUUCAACGUAUUUGAAUAAGCGGUUCGGUGAUGAAGAAAAAAAAACACUGUGGAAUAUCUCAAUGUUAUUAAAAAUAAAGACAAUUUGCAGUUUUGGCAGCGAGUCUAGUAAGAAAGGUGAAGUGGACGGACGCACGUUAUUGCUUUAGAGGGCCUACUAAAAUGACGCGGCUGGCCGCAUCUGACCCCUGAAUCUCCUGUUUGACUCAUCAUCUAGCAUUCUAUUCAGUAUACUGUACGUUUAAACUAACGGAUAUGCUGAAUGUUCAGUAUUAAUCAGCUAAAUGUAAAAAAAAUAAUGAUUUCCAGACUUUCACUUCCAGCUGAAGAAACAAAAUUUGCUUCCAACUCCAAAUGUGGCCAGGUGCUGAAUCAUUUGAGGUUACUGGGUCGUGACUUAACGCUAUAUUGGCCCGUCGUGUAUUUGUUUUCUAUCAAGAAAGGCUUGAGGUCGUAAAUCAUUUGCAGAUAUUUGUGCAGCGCGGACGCAUAACGGUGCAGUAUGCAAACGUUCUGUGUUCAUCUCAGACUGAUUCUGAAAGCUGUGCAGACUUUUCCGAUGAUUUUCUGUGUUUGUUUUGGGGAGCAAAUGUAUCCAGUACAUGACUUACAUGCAGGUGUGUGUACGUGAAUAAAUUACCGGGGAAACCGAC